GGCGAAAUUACCAAAUGCCACUGAGGGUUUUUAGGGUUUAAAGAGUGUGCCUUCUCUUUUAUCACACUCACUCUCUCUGAUUCCGACUAUCAGGGUUUUUGAUUUUCUCACAAAUACGUCUCAUUUCACCAUGUGGGCUCUUCGUCGGGCUUCUAUUCCUCUCAGGAGCCGAGGAUUCAGUAUAAGAACUUCUCGCGCAUGCUGUGCUAAAUUAGAAAUACCAAGUUCCUGCAUAGAGGAUGACAAGGCUGGUGUCCUUGAGUCUCCUCAAGAGGCAUACGAUAGAUUGCUGUAUUUGAAGAGGUUUUACCAUACAGAGCAUGCUUCUUCAAAAUUCUCUGUGGGUAGAUGUAGUUUUUCUUCACAAGCUGGUGCAAAAAGCAGUGGUGAAGAAGAUGAUUUGGAAGAUGGUUUUUCUGAACUUGAGACAACUUCUGGUGUUCAGGAAAAUCAAGACAGUAAUGUAGCAGAUGAAAGUGAUGACGAAUUAAUUUCUGGACCAGAACUCUCUGAUGUGGAUGUUGAAGAGCCUUCUCAAAAUGAGCUAGAGUUAUCAGACAUUGAGACUGACCCUAUUGAGAAAAAAUCAUCUAGAAGGGCUCAAUCAGAACUGUUCAAAGCCAUCAUGGCUGCUCCAGGUUUGUCUAUACAUACCGCUCUUGAUAAGUGGCUUGAAGAAGGACAUGAUUUGAGCCGGGCAGAAAUCUCAUUGGCCAUGAUUAACCUUCGUAAACGUCGGAUGUAUGGGCGGGCAUUGCAGCUCUCAGAGUGGCUGGAGGCAAAAAAGCAGCUUGACUUUGUUGAGAGAGAUUAUGCUUCUCGCCUUGAUUUGAUUUCUAAGGUACGGGGUCUCCAGAGGGCAGAGAGCUACAUUGAGAAGAUUCCAAAAUCUUUUAGAGGGGAAGUAAUCUACCGAACCUUGCUGGCAAACUGUGUUGCUGACAACAACGUUAAGAAAGCAGAGGUUGUGUUCAACAAAAUGAAGGACCUUGAAUUUCCAAUGACAUCAUUUUCUUGCAACCAGUUGCUCCUACUUUACAAGAGACUUGACAAGAAGAAAAUAGCUGAUGUAUUAUUAUUAAUGGAGAAAGAAAGUGUCAAGCCCACUCUGUUCACAUAUAAGAUCUUAAUAGACACCAAAGGCCAAUCGAAUGACAUAGCUGGUAUGGACCAAAUUGUUGAAACAAUGAAGGCUGAAGGCAUUGAACCAGACAUCAAUACACUAGCCGUCUUAGCUAGGCAUUAUGCCUCAGGUGGGCUUACAGAAAAAGCUGAAGCAAUUUUGAAGGAGAUGGAAGGGGAUAACUUAAAAGAUCGUUUUACUUGCCGACUGUUGCUUCCUCUUUAUGCACAGCUGGGAAAGGCUGAUGAUGUGAGGAGAGUUUGGAAGAUCUGUGAGUCGAAUCCCUGGCUUGAGGACUGCAUGGCUGCUAUUGAAGCUUGGGGAAAAUUGAAGAAGAUUGAAGAAGCAGAGGCAGUUUUUGAUACAAUGUCAAAAAUGGGGAAGAAGCUUUCUUCUAGGCAUUAUUCUGUGCUUCUGAAUGUGUAUGCAAGCCAAAAGAUGCUGACCAAGGGCAAGGAUCUUAUUAAGCGUAUGGGGGAGAGUGGGUGCAGGAUUGGCCCAAUGACUUGGGAUGCACUUGUAAAGCUCUAUGUGGAAGCAGGGGAGGUGGAAAAGGCUGAUUCCAUCUUGCACAAGGCAACUCAGCAGAACCAGAUGAGGCCAAUGUUCAAUUCUUUCAUGGCUAUAAUGGAACAGUAUGCAAAGAGGGGUGAUAUUCAUAAUUCAGAAAAAAUGUUUCAUAGGAUGAGACAGUCUGGAUAUGUGGCUAGACUCCGGCAGUUCCAGACUCUAACCCAGGCCUAUAUAAAUGCAAAGGCGCCAGCUUAUGGGAUUAGGGAGAGGAUGAAGGCAGAUAAUAUAUUCCCAAACAAAACUUUGGCAUCCCAGUUAGCUCAGGUCGAUGCAUUUAGGAGGACAGCCAUGUCAGAUUUACUUGAUUGAGGAACUUCACUUGUUUGUUUUAGAAAUUAUUGACUUUUUCAGUUUCAACUUUCAUUAUGGAUUUAUUAUGGUUUUGCCUCAUAUACUGCUAUUCAUGUUAGGAGCUCAAGGGAUCUAUGUAAUAUAACCGUGUCCAAUCAAUGUAGUUUUCUUUAGUUGCUC